UAAUCAAUAAUGAAUCUGGAAAAAAGAAAAGAAAAGGAAUUAAAAGGCCAUGAAAAUAAUUGAGCUCAUAUGCUCUGUCCUCCAGAGUUAUUUCAGGAGCUGCUGGGCACUAAUUACUUCCAUUUUUAUUCAAAGAAAAAAAAAAAAAAGAGAAAUCGUUCAUCAGUAUUGCCAUUUUUGAAACAAUCAAUUAACCCACAGAAUAUCUGAAUGGGUUCUCUUGAUGAUCACGAUAAGAAAAAGGCGAAGAUUGGCAGGAGAAAUCGUCGACUCUGUUCUAGUGCCGGUGCUGGUGCCGGCAAGGUUUAUACUUCAAAAGGACUCCGAGCUAGGCGGCUUCGGCUGUCGGCUCCGACCGCCAUUAAAUUUUACGAUCUUCAAGAUCGCCUUGGAUGUGGCCGACCAACUGAAGCCAUCGAUUGGCUUCUUCAGAAUGCGAAACCCGCCAUUGAUGCCCUCUCUCGACCUUUACAAACAGAGGACAACGAUUGCAGAAAACAGAUUUUCAGUUUACCUGUUCCUUCAUCUUCUUCUUCUUCGCAGUUCCAGUCUUACCCACUUCAAAAUUUCUCCCAAAAGGGCAACCUCUCUGUUUUCAGUCCAAUGAUUUUGAAUGCCACAACGGCGGGAUUUUCAGGCACCCAACCACCGUGUCCAAGUCAGAGCAAUGUCGGAGCUGGUUUUCCUUUCUUUCCGAUGUGGGAAUAGCAGCCGCCAACCGGCCGUGAUUUUUGAAGGUGAAUUUCGCAUUUGCUUUCAAACGUUUUAUUUUUUACCAUUUCCCUUUGAUUUGUAUUUUUAAAACUCUAAAUAGUAUAAAUUUAAAGUAUAAAGUAGUGUAAAUGUAUGGGUUUUAUAUCCUUCAUUUUGUUAACUUUGUAAAAUAUUGUGUGACGAUCAAAUUUUUUUAAAUUCUCUC